GCAGCGAAAUAAUUAUUUACGUUGAUUUUUUUGUCCGUUGUCGUCGUUGUCUUUGCUGGCAAGGCAGAUUUUUUUCUCGCAACCGCGUUCGAGUUUACUCACUAUAGUGUGUUAUUGUUCAGUGAAAUUUGUGGAAAUAAUCUUAAUCAUAAAUCGUACGGUGCGGGGAACGUUUGUGAGAAUUCGUGAACCGUGGGCGUAAUUUUAUUGAGAAGAAUCUAGCGGGACGAUAUAAGCGAAAAAAUCAUUUUAUUGCCAUUUCAGUGAGUGUUGUGUGUUAGUGUGUGUUACAAAUCUAAAAGUUCUUAGUUAAAGUUUAAAAAAUAUGAGUGAUCCUGAUGGUGCUAACGGUGCGGAACCGAAUGGUUCAAACGGCACCUCUGAGCCGAAAAGUUCAACCAUUGCGCCGUCGAAAAUUGCCAGAUCAAUUCCGAAACCUUCGGGAAUCAAACCGCCAUCGAUGACGCUCAGUUCGUCGACUAGCUCGCUGGCCAGCGUCGGCUCAACUACUGCUGGUUCCAUCCCAGUGCCACAGAGUCGGAUCGGUCGGCCCUGCCAGGGUCACGUCGCUCCGAAGGCGGGACUGCCUGCACCGGAACCUAAAAACGAUUCUUCGGACACAGGCAGUACGCUGAGCAGGAUGAGACGACCGAGUGACACCGACUAUAGCAAGUCGCAACUGCCAGAUGUGGACGAAGAAAGCGAAACCGAUCUGGCGAUCGAACGAAAAUCGCGAUCUUCCAAGUCUCCAGAUUCGGGCUUCCGAAGUAAUCGAACCUCCGCUGAUCGGAAGGCGUCAAGCACGUCCACCGGCUCGGAUCUAUACUGGGAAGCAACCGGACGACGCAGAAGCUCAGAUCAAGGUGUUGUCCUGACAACCGACACGGACAGUUUCAUCAUCGGGCAGCGUGUUUGGGUUGGUGGCCUGCGGCCGGGACAGAUUGCAUUCAUCGGUGAAACACAUUUUGCACCGGGCGAAUGGGCCGGUGUGGUUCUGGACGAUCCGAACGGCAAGAACGAUGGAUCCGUCGCUGGGAAGCGUUACUUCCAGUGUGAACCCAAGAAAGGGGUCUUCUCUCGGCUGACACGGUUGACCCGGGACCCGUUGCCGGGUGCCGGUGGCGGUAGCUCCAGUGCUGGCGAUACCUCGAUGGAUAACAGUUUGCGGUCGCUUACCUCACCGGUACGGUCCGGCGCGGUGUCCCCCACACACAGCGUGUCUAGUUUUGCCUCUAAAUCACCGGCGUUGGGAAAAGCGGCAACCUUAACUGUUGGUGAUCGGGUUAUAGUUUCUUCCGGAUUUGGCUCUCGUCCAGGCAUUUUAAAGUAUCUCGGAGAAACACAGUUCGCCAGUGGAACUUGGUGCGGCGUUCAGUUGGAUGAAGCCAGUGGCAAGAAUGAUGGUUCCGUCGAUGGUGUCAAAUACUUCGAGUGCCCCGAUAAGUACGGCAUUUUUGUUCCAAUCGCAAAGGUCACACUAUCGCCGUCUUCCCGCAAAACGCGUCUGUCCCGGUCCGGCUCCAAGGAAUCGCUAACUUCAGUCGGAACAAUGAGCUCUAUCGCAACCACGGCCACUUCCAGACUUCGUAUGAGCGCACAGCGGAAAUCGACCGUCAACGCAGUACCUUCAACGCCGAAAGCUUCCUUCUCACUACAGGAUGUUCUUCGGGAAAAGCAGAAUCACAUCGAACAGCUGAUGCGAGAACGGGAAAUCGACCGGGAGGAGGGCGCUAACCAAACCAUUACGUACCAGAAAAACGUUCAACAGAUGAAGGAGAAAAUCACCAAACUGGAAAAUCAGCUGGUGGAGGAAAAGCGUCGCAACGAGGAUCUUCAGUUUAGCGUCGAUGAGGCCACCUUCUGCGGGGAGGAACUGAAUGUAAGUAGACAACCGACAGAGAGCAGUCGGCAAUUUUGGAGCAACAAAACAUCAAAUUUAAAAUCCCAUCACAAGAGAGUUGCCCAAACAAUCGCUCAUCGAUACUACAAUGCUCAGACACAUAUCUUCAAGGAACGAAUAGCAGAACUUGAGCGACAACUACAAAGCAAACCAGAGCUCCCCACCGAGCCGGAUCUUCCCACCAAGGAAGCAGAUUCGAUAGCGGUUUUGAGUCUAGAGAUCGACAAACUCAAAGCGGAAAUUCUGCAGCGGGACCAAAAGCUGCAUCUGACCGAGGAGCUGAAGAACUCGCUGGAAGAUGAGAUCGCCAAACUGCACGAGCGGCUGGCCGAAAUGGAGAAGAACUUGGACAUCAAGGUGUCCAGCUUCAACAUUAGCGAACAGUGUCUCAAGGAGAAAAUCGCCUACCAGCAGACGCGCAUCGACGAAAUGGCUUCCGAGCUGACCGGAAAGGAUGCCGAGCUGGAGAAGCAAUAUCUGGAGCUGAAGAAUGCCGAGGGUCACCUGGAGGUGGAGGUGACCCAGUUGCAGAAUGAUCUUCGCACUAAGGAAACUCUGCUCGGGGAGCAGGAGAAACAGGUUGCCAAACUGACUGCUGAAAUCGAGGUGCUGUUGAGUGAUAUUAGGCAGCGGGAUGUGAAACUGUUGGAAGGGGAAAGCGGUUUGAAGGUUGUUUUGGACGAAAAGGAUGCCACUAUUGAUAAACUGAGGAAUGAUCUGGAUGAGUUGGCAUUACGGGGAGGAACACUGCAGACGGAAUUAGAUAGCAAACAGAAACGGAUAACCGACUUGAGUGCGAAACUCAUUACUUCCGAGGAGCAAAUUAAACAGCAGGAGGAAAGUCUUAAAGAAAGCAAAAAAACUCAACAGAGCCUAGAGGAAUCUUUAAAAAGUCGCGACAAGCUUUUGGAAGAGAAAACUGCUUCGCUUAUGAAAGUGCAAGAAGAACUAGCAAGCACCACAGCUGUCAGCGAAGAGCAAACAAGCCUCCUCCGUGCCAAAGACUCAGAACUGGAGCAAAAACAGCAGGAGCUCAAUUCGCGACAAGUUCAGCUGGCGAAGGUAGAAUCCGAACUUGCAGAGUUAUCCAAAAAACUCGAGUGCACAAUUAAGGACAACGACAGUCGCAAUGCUGAAAAUCAAACCACGCUUGAUUUCGAACUAAAAACUAAAGAGGAUUUGCUCAAAAAACUUGCCAACCUAGAGACUGAACAGCAUGCCAAAGAUAAACAACUGGAAGACAACGAUGUUCUGAUUAGCGCUCUGCAAAAUGAACUGAAAGAAAUCAAUGUGGCCAAAGCAAACCUGCUGCGGGAUCUGGAGGAAACGAGAAAAAGUUUCACCGAUAAGGAUAGCGCCGUUAGUAAACUAAACGAAGACCGUCUAAAACUGAGUGAUGAUUUGGAGAAACUCCAGAAGGAAUCGGCUGGUGCUAUAUCAUUGCUUGAAGAAAGGCUUAAAAACGCACAUACGACACAUGAUAACGAACUACAACGCAUUCAUGAAAGUCAUGCAUCGGAAAUAUUGGCGAAAGACGCUUCCAUUUCUAACUUAGACGCAUCCUUGGAGAAACUACAAGAAGAUAAGUUGUCGCUGCUAUCGCAGCUGGAUCACUUCAAGAUGUCCGAAAAAGCUUCCAGCGAUCAAAUUUCCUCCAGGAAUAACGAAAUCCAAGAAUUAACCAAGAAAAUCGAAACAUUGCAGACGGAACUGUCUUCUAAGAGUGACAGCCUAGAAAAAACGGCCCAGCUCCUAACAGAAAGCAACUCGAAACUCGAAUCAGGCGAAAAGAAAGUACUAACCCUGCAGGACUCCCAUGGCAAACUGGAAAUCGAGCUUGCCGAUCUAAAGCGCAAAAUGGAGGUUCUGGAGCAAAAAUCAACCCAAAUACAACAGCAGAAAACUGAUUUGGAGGCAGAAAUCGACACCCUUCGCUCUUCGACGGUUGACUCUAACUCGGAACUAUCCCGCUCGACCGAAGAACUCAAAGCGAAGCAAAAAAUGCUGGAACAGCUGCAGGAUUUGUUCGACUCCACCAAAAUCGACAUGGAACGAAGGUUGGACGAGGCGAAUCAAACGAAUGGUACACUGAGUGAGCAGAUCGAACGGCUGCGAAGCGAGAUGCAGCAAAUCUCCAGUCAGAAAAUCGAUCGAGAAAACGAGCUCAAUGUAGAAUUGGCGAAAAUGAAGGAGUCAGCCGAAGUGGAGAAGGAAAAUCUGGUGCGUGAAAUUGCCGGCUUGAAGGCCAGUUUUGAGGAGGAGAGAAAUCAACUGCUGAGUCAAGCCGAAAUUAAAUUGGCAGAAUUUGAAAGCGAAAAACAAGCACUGACAAUCAAAGUAGAUCAACUACAAGUUGCAAUAGGACAAUCCCAAAGUGAGUUGCAGUUGGCAAAGGAGCAGACAGCUAAAGAGCGUAGUGAAGCGGAAGAAAAGUUGAAACAUUAUGCUGAAGUAGAGAAAUCACUCAAAAAAGAACUGGAAGAUGGUAAGAAGGAGGAAACAUCCUUACGAGCUGCCCUUGAGGAGAUUCGAACCUCCAUGGAAAAGGGCAACCACGAUGCGUCGGCCCAGCUUAUCGAAAAGAGCUCCAGAAUUAGUGAUUUAGAAAAAGACAUUCAAAUGUUACAGGAGGAAGCUAAGGCAAAGCAAGAAGAGUGUACAGAACUGAGUAAGAAGUUAGAGCAGAACGCUAAUACCCAUUCAGAGAUGCUGAAACAACUGGAAAGCUGCCUUGCUCAGAUACAGGAACUGACGGGUGACAAAGGCAAGCUGGAAUUGUCUUUGACAGAUCUCUCAGUCGAGCUUACGUCCCUGAAGGAAAAGUACCAGGAGAUGGAAGACGAACAAGUCGAUUUGGUUAGUCGCGAAGAGCAUCUCAAGGACGAGAUUCAGCAGCUCAAGCUGACUUUGGAUGCUUCCGAGACGAAGUGCAAAGAAUUUGCUGAGCAGCUCGAUCUUAGUAAGCAGGAAUCCGUAAGGGUAGCCGAAGAAAGUCAAUCUAACGAAGAGCAUUUACGACAGGAAAUGGCAGCUUUUAGCGCAACUAUCGUCGAAAAAGAGCAAAAAUUGGCGGAAUUGAGUUCUAAGGUCGCUGAACUGUCGCCGCUUGUAAAAGUAACGGAAGAUUUGCGAGCGGAGCUCGCUGCUAAAGAACAGUUGAUAAAACAAAAGGAGGAAGACGUGCAAAGACAAACAGUGGAACAAGAGAACCUACAGAAGGCAGUUAGUGAAAAAGAAAUUGACUCGCAACAAAUUCGUACCGAACUUAAGGUGAUUCGUGAGAAUCUAAAAAAGAAAGAGGAAGAGCUUCAGAACUUGACGAGCAAAUUAAGUUCAACAGAGAAAUGCCUUAGCGAGAAGAGUGAACAAGAGACUAAAGCUGCUGUUGAAGUCAGCAAUCUAAAGGAUGAAAUAGACAAAGCGAAACUUACCGUCAAAGAUCAAAGCGAACAGCUGAAAGAGCAGAAUCGAACUAUUCUCGAACUGGAAACGAAGCUUGCCGCUCAUGGUGCCCAGUUUGAGGAGCUGUUGAACAAAAAGAAAUCCUCUGAGACGGAAAGUUCGCACAUUGUACACGAACUGAAUCAGAAGUUGCUAGAAAUGGAAAGCUUGAAGCAACAAGAGGUAACGGAAUUGCAAAACAGACUUGCCGAGACGGUAAGUAAAAUUGAAGCGCAAAUUGCGGAGUCAACAAAGAAUGCUGGCUCUGUGCGGUCUGCGGAAAAACGCCAACAAGAAUUGGAAUGCGAGAAAAAAGAUCUUGAGCUUCGGGAAACCGAGAUGGUUAUCACCCAACGCAAGCUGCAGAAGGAAGUUGAUCUUCUCAGGCAGCAGGUCUUAUCGAAGGAUAGUGAGAUACGUAAACUCUCUUCGGAGCUAGCUUCGGCGACUGCCGCGGUAUCAGCGAGUCCGAUCAUUUCCGGUGUUGGAGAGAAUCAGGACUCCGAUGCACAAAUAAGUUUCCUUAACUCCAUUAUUGCCGACAUGCAACGGAAGAAUGACAAACUUACGCUACGCAUACAGGCUUUGGAGCAAACCAGUAUUGAUGGCAAUAGUCACAACAUGAGCUUUGAGUUCAACAAACGGAAACCGGCUCCUCGGAUUUUCUGCGACAUUUGCGAUGAAUUCGAUCAGCAUGAAACUGAGGAUUGCCCUAAGCAGUGCUCCGACAGUCCCCCGGAGUCUCUCAAGCAUCCGUCAGCGGACCCGAAGGAACGCAAGUUACCACCACCGAGGAAGUACUGCGAUGGGUGUGAAGUAUUUGGCCACGAACUGGGCGAAUGUCCAGACGACGAGACAUACUAGAGGCCGGAUGGCACCACCAGGUGUAACACGAUCAUCCCUCAGCAGAAUCAUGGCAUCAUCAGUCGUCGAACCGCCACCACCACCAGGUGUGAAGGAAAGACGAAAAAAUUCACGCGCAUGCUUUUCAACGUUAUCAGUUUCCGACCGGAGCUGAAUCUUUUAUACUUGUGUUCGUGUUGUUUCGUUACUACUUUUGUACGCUUCUCGAAUAGCAACAGUUGUUUCGAUUUGUAAGUUCCACGACUCUUGGCCAAGAAUGCCGUUAAAUUUUACCACUUGAACAAUUUAAUAAGAAAAUCAGACAGCUAAAUUUAAUAGUUUCAUAAAGCAGAGGUUCAGGCAUUUAUCAUAUCCUUGACCGCAUCCGGGGGGAAACAAAAAAAAACGUAGUGAUAGAAGACAUUUUAUAGUUUUGUACCAGUUUAUAUAACUUAAGAACCAUAUUUAUUUCACGAAAUUAGUUUUCCAUUUAGAUAGGAUAAUAAAACUAGCAACUUA